GAAGAUGAAUUUAACUUUAAUUUUUCCCCCAAAAAAUAUGCCACUUUCCAUUAUUGUUCAAAUAAUAAAUUAUUCUUUAAAUAAGAAAGUUCCAGCUCUCUCUACCCAAACCAUCUGCAACUCUCCAAAAGUCCAUUUUUAGUCUUGAGAGUUUCUGCAAAUCACAAUCUGUCAACCAUCUUACAGCAAAAUUUAAUUCAUUGAGUAGCGUAACUUCUGCAGAUAGCCAAUACCCUGAUACUUAGUUGGCGGGGGCUGAGGCAAAUAAUUCUGUGAGCCACUUAACAAUUUUCCGGCGAUGCGUGUUGGCGGUGGGCUUUAGACUACCCUAGCCCACCCUGCAUCUCUCCAUCUCUAACUGGUUGACAGCAACGGUGCUCAUUACUCCUCUGACUCCCUCUUCAUUUUCAAUAUUAAUAUUAAUGUCGUAAACAGCCAUCAACACUCCAUUCCCUAUGACAAAAUUCAAACUCUCGACGCCAUAAAUGCAGCGCAGCACAGCACGCCUAUUAGUAUUAGUGGUACAAGUUCCAUGUCUGCGACUACUACGAUGGCAGCGCUGAUGCUCGUUGUUGUGCUGCUGAUUCUGCGUUUGGGGUCAUGCCAUUGCCACAACACCACCGACCUCCAUAUUCUCUUGGAGGCUCGAAAAUCUUUCCUCCACGACCCACUAGACUGGUCCAUCCACAACCCCGAUUUCUGUGCAUGGCGAGGCGUUUCCUGCUCCGGCGGCUCUGUGGUGGCUCUCGAUCUCGCUGAUUCUUCUCUGCGGGGGUCCAUCCCACCGCCUCUCGCCCUCUUGCCCAACCUGCUCCACCUCAAUCUUUCUUCUAAUCACCUCUCCGGCCCCAUCCCACCUGCUCUCUCCAACUUAUCUUCUUUGGAAUCUCUGCUCCUCUUCUCCAACCAACUCUCCGGCCCCAUUCCUCCCCAGCUCGGCUCCCUCCUCAACCUCCGCCUCCUCAGAAUCGGCGACAAUGAUCUCACCGGCUCUAUCCCGCCGCAGCUGGCCAAUCUUCAGAAUCUGGUGUCCCUUGGUUUGGCCUCUUGCAGCCUCACCGGUCCCAUUCCGCCGCAGCUAGGUUUGCUGCCCAACCUCCAGACCUUGGUUUUGCAGCAGAACCAGCUGGAGGGACCCAUCCCCCCUCAGCUCGCCAACUGCUCCAGCCUCGUGGUCUUCACGGCGGCGCUCAAUCGCCUCAAUGGAUCAAUCCCGGAGGAGCUCGCCUCUCUUGCCAAUCUCCAGCUACUCAAUCUCGCCAAUAAUACUCUCUCGGGGGAGAUUCCCGCCGGCCUCGGCAGUUUGCCCAAUCUCCAAUACCUAAAUCUCCUGGGCAAUCAGCUCCGAGGUCCCAUUCCUAAAUCCUUUGCCAAUCUUGUUAAUCUUCAGAAUUUAGACUUAUCCGGCAACAUGCUCACCGGAGAAAUUCCGCCGGAGCUGGGGAACAUGGGGCAGCUGGUUUACCUGGUGCUCUCCAGCAACAAUCUGACCGGCAGCGUGCCAGCGGCCAUAUGCUCCAACGCCACCAGCUUGGAACACUUGUUGGUGGCCCAGAAUCAGCUCGACGGUGGGAUUCCGCCGCAAUUGAGGGACUGCGCGUCGCUGACGCAGCUUGAUUUGUCCAAUAAUACACUCGACGGCGUCAUCCCUUUGGAGCUGUACCAGAUGAGUCAGCUCACCGACCUCAUGCUCAACAACAACACUCUCUCUGGUUCCAUUUCUCCCUUGAUUGCCAACCUCACCAAUCUGCAGACGCUCGCCCUUUACCAGAACAAUUUACGUGGCAAUCUCCCUAGAGAGAUGGGCAUGCUCACCAGCCUUGAGAUUCUUUAUCUCUACGACAACCAGCUCUCCGGAGACAUUCCGGUGGAGAUUGGCAACUGCACCAGCCUGCAAAUGCUUGAUUUCUUCGGGAACCAAUUCACGGGGCGGAUCCCCAUCACCUUUGGAAGCCUCACUCACCUCAAUUUCCUUCAUCUCAGACAGAAUGAUCUUUCCGGGGAGAUUCCCGCCACUCUGGGGAACUGCCGUCAGCUCACUAUACUCGAUUUGGCAGACAACCAACUAUCCGGAACCAUUCCGGCCACGUUUGGGCGUCUCCGAGCUCUGCAGCAGCUCAUGCUCUACAACAACUCCCUCCAUGGAAGCCUACCAGAUGAGCUCACCAGCCUUGCCAACUUGACGAGGAUCAAUCUGUCGCACAACAAGCUCAACGGCAGCGUCGCUCCACUCUGCACUUCUCCUCAUUAUCUGUCGUUCGAUGUUACCAACAACGCCUUCGAUCACGACAUUCCACAUCAAAUUGGGAAUUCGCCCGCCCUUGAAAGAUUAAGGCUUGGCAGCAACCGUUUCACGGGGGAAAUUCCCUGGACAAUUGGGCUACUCCAACAACUAUCUCUGUUAGAUAUGUCGAGCAAUCUGCUGACGGGGCAGAUACCAGUUCAGCUCUCGCUGUGCAAGAGACUCACUCAUCUUGAUCUUGAUCAUAAUCGUCUAUCCGGGGAAGUCCCAUUUUGGAUAGGGCGGCUUCCUCUAUUAGGGGAGCUCAAGCUCGCAGCCAAUGAGUUAUCGGGGACUCUUCCUCCAGGAUUAUUCAACUGUUCAAAUCUGCUGCUCUUGUCUCUCAGCAACAACUCCCUCAACGGCACUCUGCCUCCUCAAGUCAGACAACUCAAGGCCCUCAACGUGCUCGAUCUCGACACCAAUCAGCUCUCUGGUCCAAUUCCUCCCACCAUUGGGCAGCUCGACAAACUAUACCAACUUCAGCUUUCGCGGAACAGCUUCAGUGGAGAGAUCCCUGCGGAGAUUGGGCAGCUCCAGAAUUUGCAGAGCGCCCUCGAUAUCAGCUACAAUAACCUCAGUGGCGACAUCCCGCCAUCUAUUGCCUCCCUGGCCAAGCUUGAGACACUCGAUCUAUCUCACAAUGCGUUAGCUGGACAAGUCCCUCCACAAGUAGGUCAAAUGAGCAGCUUAGGAAGAUUGGACCUCUCUUUCAACCGUCUUCAAGGAAAGUUAGACAAGCACUAUGCACGUUGGCCCGCGUCUGCCUUUGAUGGGAAUUUGAAUCUCUGUGGUGGCCCACUCAAGAAUUGCAGUGACGCAGCAUCAUCUUCGUCCGGGCUCAGUAAAUCGUCUUUGGUGAUAAUCUCAGCAAUAGCUACCACAGCUGCAGUAGUCUCGUUGCUGCUGGGAGGUGCCCUCUUUUUCAGGCAUAGGCGAGAAGCGUACAGAAGGGCCAGUGAAGUGGACUCAGCCUACUCGUCUAGUUCAUCACAGCAAAGGCGACCGCUGUUUGAUAAUGGCGGUGGCAGGUGUGAUUUCAGAUGGAUGGAUCUCAUGGAAGCCACAAAUAAUCUGAGUGAGGAGUUCAUAAUAGGAUGUGGGGGGUCAGGAACCAUCUACAGAGCUGAAUUGUUUAGUGGAGAGACAGUGGCGAUCAAGAGGAUAGCGAGGAAGGAUGAUCUGAUGUUGGAUAGAAGCUUUGCUAGGGAAAUCAAGACUCUAGGCAGAAUAAGACACAGGCAUCUGGUCAGACUGUUGGGGUAUUGUAGCAACCCGAGGGCCGGCUCCAACUUGCUCAUCUACGAAUACAUGGAGAACGGGAGCUUGUGGGAUUGGCUGUACGGUGAAAACAACAAGAAGAAGAAGAUACUUGACUGGGAUGCCAGAUUGAAGAUAGCUGUGGGAUUGGCGCAGGGAAUGGAGUAUCUCCAUCAUGAUUGUGUGCCCAAGAUACUUCACAGGGAUGUAAAGUCGAGCAACGUGUUGCUGGAUGCCGACAUGGAGGCGCAUUUGGGAGAUUUUGGACUGGCCAAAGCGAUCACUGACAACCAAGAUUCCCUAAAUACAGAGUCCAACUCGUGGUUUGCAGGAUCCUACGGCUAUAUCGCUCCAGAGUACGCCUACUCGAUGAAGGCGACAGAGAAAAGUGAUGUUUACAGCAUGGGGAUUGUGCUUGUGGAGCUUGUGAGUGGAAGAAUGCCGACAGAUGAGAGAUUUGGCGUUGAUAUGGACAUGGUGCGAUGGGUAGAAACGGGGAUGGAGAGUGGUGGUGAGGAGCUAGUAGAUCCAACGUUAAAACCACUGUUACCCAAUGAGGAAAGUGCUAUGUUGCAAGUGCUUGAAAUAGCUAUGCGCUGCACAAAAACUGCACCUACCGAGAGACCAACAUCCCGCCAAGCAUGUCAACACUUAGUGCAUUUGUUCAAUGAUACUGUAGUUUCAUCUGCAAAAAUGAUUGCCAACUCCUGUGAUCAAUUUCUGUAACUUCUCUGUUUAACCAACAACUAUUUCCAAUUUGGGCUGCUUCAAAUGUUCUAACCAUUUUCUGAUGUAUUGCUAUCAACAAAUAACCAUGUUCCACAUUUUCUCACAA